CAUCUUGCAUUAUUGUCAUUAGGAUCAUGAAUUUUGAUAUGACGAAGCAGAACUGAUAGUUGAACAAAAAUUUCCGAAACAAUGUACAAUAGUUUUUUCAUCAAAUAACUUAAAGCAUAACGAAGAACUGCCUUGUGACAGUAUUUUGAAUGUUUGAAUAUGCUCUAAAAUUAUAAAACAGAAUGGAUCAUUUGGAAAUAGUUGACGACAGUAGAAGUUCAUGGAGGUGGAAUUGGACUGAAUUAUGUGGAUAUCAAGGACCUGUGAAUCCUGAAACACAUAAUAUUGGAUUUGGAUUAUGUUUCCAACAAUUAUAUUUACAGUUGCCAGUAUUAGCUCUAAUCGCAGUGACUUCAGCAUAUUAUUGCGGACGUCGAUCUUACUCGGCCUCUCGGGAAUAUUUAUCAACAAAAGCCAUCAACUUUCGACUCUUUAUCAUCAUCUGCUUAGCCAUUCUUCCAAUAAUAAAAGCCUACAUAAUUUUAUCGAACACAACUCUUCAUUUGCACCUUGAGCCACCAGAUUCUAGAAUCCAAAUUAAUAAUAAUAAUACGAAAACAACUGAAAGUCCUUUAAUACCAUCAACUCGAAGCUGGAUUAAGAGCCUUGCUGAUAAAUUAAAUGACACCGGAAGUAUCGCUAAUUUUCUAUUUUCACCAGGAAAGAGGAUAAAAGUAACUCUACCUCAAGAAAUUGAGGAUAAAAAUUUAAAUAGUGAAUUUUUUAAACUUGAUGAUAAAGCGACGUCUGCUAAACCUGUGGAUUAUUUAAUUGCUGCUACUGAAGGGCUAGCAUGGAUUGUACAUUUUUGCUUCACCGUCAGCUUGAGAAAAAGCAAUAUGGCAAAUCCAAGAGGUCCUGUUUUUAUGAGGGUUUUAAUUAUUCUCCUACUCGGAAUAUCUGCACUUUUCUUAAAAAAUCAUGUGGAACAUGAAGCCUAUGAUGAUGUCUUGCCGGAUUUAUCGUUGGGAUUUAGUAUUACUGUGGUUGUACUUUUGGUUCUUUAUAUUCUGACACUGAUUCCGGAUCGCAGAGUGAGGCGAAGAAGAAAUUCAAGACUGGCUGAAGUAGGAGAGAGAACUUCUUUAUUGAAUAGUCCAGGUUCUUCCUAUAUUCGAUUCGUGGAAGAAAAUGAUCCAAGUUAUCUCGGCAUUGCAAUGGAAGAUGUAACCUUUACUUCGAAAUUACUUUUUCAUUGGGUAACUCCUCUAAUGACAAAAGGUGUGAAAGGACUUUUAAAUCAUUCAGAUGACCUCUACGAUUUACCGGAAAGUAUUUCUACUUCGACUAUCAGCAACGAAAUCGACAGGCGAUUGAAAGAAAUACCCCUAAAUACGGAUCGCAGUACUCCAGAAAGUGGUACUCACGUAAAAGUAACGUCAGGCAGAAAACUCUCAUUGCUGCGUCUUCUACAUUCUAAUUUUGGUUUUCAAUUUUACGCAGUUGGCAUAUUGAGGCUAAUUAGUGACAUAGCAGGAUUCGGUGCUCCUUUGAUUUUAAAUAAACUGAUCGGAUUCAUCGAAGAUAAAGAUGAACCGCUUUCUCACGGUUGUUAUUAUGCAGCCUUGAUGUUUAUUAUUACCCUGAUAGGAUCAUUUUGCACUGUUCAUUUCGACUUUUGGUUAUCUCUCAUGACGUUAAAAAUACGAAGUGCAAUAAUAACUCUUGUUUAUCGAAAAACUUUGCACACAUCCUCCUCUGUAUUGAACGAUAAUUUUUCUUCUGGAGAAAUCGUGAAUUUUAUGAGUCUGGACGCCGACAGGAUAAUGAACUUUUGUCCUUCUUUUCAUUCUUCUUGGAGUAUUCCAAUGCAGUUGGCUGUGGUUUUUUAUUUUCUUCACACUCAAAUAGGAAUUAGUUACCUAGUAGGAGUCGGAGUCGUAUUAUUGAUGAUUCCGAUAAAUAAAUGUAUUGCUGGUAAAGUCGGUAUAUUAAGUACAAAAAUGAUGUCGUAUAAGGAUCAAAGAGUGAAGCUUAUUAGUGAAACUCUCAGAGGAAUUACGACAAUUAAACUGAACGUUUGGGAAGAACAUUUCAUGCGAAAUAUACUAAAAUUGCGAGAAAAGGAGGUGAAAUACCUUUCCGGAAGAAAAUAUUUAGACGCUUUGUGUGUUUACUUUUGGGCAGCGACUCGAGUUUUUAUUUCAGUUUUUACAUUCAUUGCGUACGCAUCACUUGGUCAUGAGUUGGACGCGAAAACAGUUUUCACAACAAUGGCAUUGUUGAAUAUGUUGAUCGUCCCUUUAAAUAGUUUUCCCUGGGUUUUCAUUGGCCUCACGGAAUCCUGGGUAUCCAUAAAAAGAAUUCAGAGGCUCCUAGAUUUACCAGAGUUGGAUGUAUUGAGUUAUUAUUCCGAUCCACCUGUGGGAGUCGAUAUUUUAUUAAAAAAUACGACGUUUAGUACAACAGGUGAAUUCAAAAAACAAAUUUCUCCAUCUACGUCGCGAGAUUUAUCGCCGGUCGAGGCAAAGGGAAGAGUUGUUAAAUUUGAGGAUGAAAAGAGUCAAGUCUUCAGUUUACGUAAUCUGGAAAUUGUUGCAGAAAAGGGCCAGUUAAUAGGAGUAAUGGGAAGAGUUGGAAGUGGAAAAUCCCUACUUUUGGAUGGAAUUUUGGCCGAAAUAACGAAAGGUGAAGGUCUAGUUGCUGUAAGCAGUUUAGAUUCGGGUUUCGGCUUCGUAAGGCAAAAUCCAUGGAUUCAGCGUGGAUCAAUUCGUGAAAAUAUUCUAUUCGGCAAGCCUUAUGAUCACAACAAAUACAAAUCCGUGAUAAAAGCCUGCGACUUAACUGACGAUCUGAACUCCUUCCCCAAGAAAGACUUGACCGGAGUCAGUGAAGCCGGCAUGACUCUGAGUGGUGGUCAAAAAACCAGAAUUACUCUCGCUCGUGCAGUUUACGCCGACAAAGAUAUUUAUCUCCUCGACGACAUUUUAGCAACUCUAGAUGUGCGAGUUGCCAAAAAUAUUUUCAACAACGUUGUCCUCGGUCUUCUGAAAAACAAAACGAGAAUCAUCUGCACCCAUCAAACUCAAUAUUUGAUCCAUGCCGACCUGGUCUUGGAGAUAUCGCGAGGAAAAAUUGUGAAGCAGGGAAAACCGACUGUGAUACUCUCAGAUUUAGAGGAGUAUCUUUUAACAACUGAUUCCAUAGAAUCCGAAUUGGGGGUUGCUGCCAAGAAGGAAAUUGUCAAAGAUUUGAAAGAACCAGAUGAUGGAGAUAGGGAUUCUCUUCUAGAGGAUGAGGCUCUUGAAAAAGGAACUCUGCGAUUUAGUGUUUACACUGCUUACUUUAAAGCUGUGGGAAAUUAUCUAGUCGUCGCGAUUUUAUUGUCUCUGUUCCUGAUGCAGAGCUCAAGGAAUAUAACAGAUCUGUGGCUAUCUUUUUGGGUCACUCAGUCGAAUGAGACGAGUUCUACCAAUUCGACGAAACAUGCAGGAUUGCAGUUUUUGGCUGAUGGAAAUGGAACGCAGGAGGUUAAAUAUUAUUUAACGGUUUAUGCCAUUUUGGCGGUUUUGAAUACGUUUUUUACACUGAUUAGGGCCUUUUUGUUCGCCUAUGGCGGCCUACAAGCCGCGAUUUUUAUGCAGAAGUAUUUGCUGAAGAUUGUUAUUAAGGCGAAGUCUACCUUUUUUGAUAUUCAACCACUCGGCAGGAUAAUAAACAGAUUUUCUUCUGAUACGUAUACAGUGGAUGAUUCACUUCCUUUUGUUUCCAAUAUUCUCUUUGCACAAUUUUUUGCAUUAUUGGGAAUUGUUGUUGUCACGCUUUAUGGAUUGCCGUGGAUAUUUUUAAUUUUAGCGCCGCUUGUUCCAGUUUAUCACUGGAUUCAAAACCAUUAUAGGUUAACUUCAAGAGAGUUAAAACGACUCUCAAGUUCCGCUCUUUCACCUCUCUACGCACACUUUAACGAAACUUUGCAAGGCCUGAGUACGAUCAGAGCUUUUCGAGCAGUUUCUCGUUUUAAAUACGAAAACGAGCAUUUUUUGGAAUCUAGUCAAAAAGCGAUAUUCGCUUCUACAGCUGCUGGACAAUGGCUGGCCUUGAGAUUGCAAUUUAUAGGCAUAUCUCUUUUGGGAGGCGUUUGCGCCAUGGCUGUUAUACAACACCAGUACGAAAUCGCACAACCCGGAUUAAUCGGAUUGGCUAUAACUUAUAUGUUGUCAAUUUCCGGUUUGCUUUCUGGGGUGGUUAAUGCAUUUACGGAAACCGAAAGAGAGAUGAUUGCAGUUGAGAGAAUCAAUCAGUAUCUGGAGAAUAUUCAAAUUGAAACAACGGGCGGAGAAAAUCCACCCUAUGCUUGGCCCACUCAAGGAGUUGUUGAAUUUAAGAACGUCGUUCUCAAAUACCGGGAACAUUCAGUGCCUUCUUUAAAAGGAGUUUCGUUAAGCACGAGGCCAGCAGAAAAAAUUGGAAUCGUUGGAAGAACGGGGGCAGGAAAAAGUUCUAUUUUGUCCUCUCUUUUCAGAUUAACAGAAAUCACCUCUGGCGAGAUUCUUAUCGACAAUGUCAACGUCAAGACAUUGCAACUUAAUGCAUUGAGAUCUCGCCUAUCGAUAAUUCCUCAGAAUCCGUUUUUAUUUACUGGAACGAUACGGGAAAAUGUUGAUCCACUGAAUCAAUAUCCAGAUUCACAAGUGUACAAAGCAUUGGAAAAAUGCAAGGUUCAUUCUUUAGUGAGUCGUUUGGGAGGGUUGGGUGCUACUUUGGAAGAAGGAGGUAGUAAUCUCAGCGCUGGACAGAGACAACUUUUUUGUUUAGUUAGAGCGGUGCUGCACAAUGCCAGGAUACUUUGUAUCGACGAAGCGACCGCGAACGUCGAUCACGAGACUGAUAAAGCGAUUCAAGCGACUAUAAAGUCUUCCUUCAGAAGUGCGACCGUAAUCACGAUUGCCCACAGAAUUAGAACAAUCAUGCACUGUGAUAGAGUUUUGGUAAUGGGCGAUGGAGAGGUGUUAGAAUUCGAGGAACCAAAUUUGCUGAUUCAAGACGUCAAUUCCCAUUUCUACAAUUUGGCUUCUGAAGAAUUUUCUGACAAAGAAUAAUUACAGAAGAAUGAAGAGAAAUCAGAAAUGAAUUUUUGCUCGAAGUUCUGCUCAAUGAGAUCAUUUUGGACGAUCAAUUUUUUCACAACUUUGUCGAAUUCACGGCCUUCGAGUAAAUUAAGUCCGGGUGUUUAGCGUCCUGGAAAUUGUAUGCCCUCAAAGAAAAAAUAGGGUUUUAAAUAUGUUCUUUGCUGAACGAAAAAGACUGCUGUUUUUUGGUAGUUUUAAUAUUAUUUCUAAUUUUUUGUAUUUCUUUGAAUGUAGAAAAAGAAUUAUUUUUAGUAAUAGAUGGUUAACUUUACUGUGGUAAAAGAUAUGAAGCUAAAAUCUAAAAUAUUUUAAAGUUUC